CGCGCAGCGACGCCAUAUUUGCUGCCGCAGUGUCCGCAGUCGCAGGUAUACGCGCUCGCACCCGUACGGCAGAGAGUGGCUGCGCCCACAGGACUCACAUCAGGAGGAUCCGGACGUGUCUCGGCGCCAAGCAGUACUGUGCACUCAACAAGAUAUUCAACAAAGUAGCAGCAAAGAAUCUUCUGCAAAUCAACGUUCACGUCACCAGCAACCCGUAUCCUCCCGCACACGAUAUAAUCACACGCAGAAGAGCACAAGAGGAAAGCUACCCGUGUGCGGCGUCAUCAGCGUGCGGCAGACGGAGCAGAGAAAGAGAGAGAGAGAGAGAUAAAGAGAUAGUUGAGUGCGAGAGCGAGAAAGAGAAAGAGAAACAGAGCAUUGAGUGUGAAGCUCGGUCCGGGCAUCGUUUGCGUUGAUGAUUGGAAUUCCGAGAGACGACAGGCACAAAAUCACGGUGAAGAUCCGCAACAACAUGAAGCGUAGCUCCAGUCGAGACUCGCCACCGCCUCGCGUCAAACGGGGCAGAUCAUCGAUCGGACGAUAUGAAGAUUCAAGCGAUGAGCGCAUAACACCUGAGCGGAUCCGCCGACGCAGUCGUGGUGCCAGGAGUCCAUCCCCUCCACCCCGUACAAGAUACAUAGAAUCUAGCUCUCACCGAGAGGAGUAUCCUAGGCCUCCUCGUGAGAUUCCUGCAGAGCGGCCAUACAGCUAUAAGGUUCUUUGUGUCAGUGGAAUCCAUCCAAAAGCUAGCGAUGAGUCUGUGAAAGAAACCAUUUACAGGGAAUACAAGAAGUUUGGAGAAUUUUCCAUCAGAAUAGCCCAUGAACUUGAUGAUAGAGUGGCCUAUGUGGUCUUCCGCAGCCAUGAAGAUGCAAGAGAUGCCAAGUAUGCAAAACCGAGAAUACCGAUUUAUGACAAACUAUGCGUCGUCGAUUCCGUCUAUGAAAGACCUGAAGCCUAUACUAGACGUCCAAGAUCUGUUACUCCACCCGAUUACGACCGUUACUAUGCAAGAUCGCCUGGCCCAACUGAUAGACACAGGCCCAUUGAAAGGUAUGACAGAGUUUAUGGGCCUCCAGUGGGUCUACCCCCAAGAGAAUUGCGACGAGAUGCUAUACCUCCUCCUCAUCAUGAUUUUGUCAGACCGCCGCUGCACCACGGACCACCUCACGUUCAUCCAGGUCCUCCACACCACUAUGGACCUCCCAGGCACAUGAUGGUCCGUCACCCGGUUCACGGCUUUGAGCGAGUCGAGAACAAAAAGGACAAGUUCCCUAAUUACCUCCAUCACGUCCAACCCGAAGAUGACCCACUGGCUACUCGUACGCUCUUUGCUGGAAAUCUCGAGAUCAACAUCACUGAAGAAGAGCUGCGCAGAAUCUUCAGCAAGUACGGCAUCGUCGAUGAUAUCGAUAUUAAACGUCCUCCACCGGGUACCGGUAAUGCAUACGCCUUCGUACGCUUCCAAACUCUAGAUAUGGCUCACCGGUGCAAAGUGGAACUGUCCGGUCAGUAUAUCGGCAAGUUCCAGUGCAAGAUCGGCUACGGAAAGGCCACCCCUACCACCCGAAUCUGGGUCGGAGGUCUCGGGCCCUGGACGUCCGUGGCUCAAUUGGAGCGCGAAUUUGAUCGAUUCGGAGCUAUCAAGAAGAUCGAUUACAUCAAAGGGGACAGCAACGCCUACAUUUUAUACGACUCUAUUGAUGCAGCACAGGCUGCCGUCAAAGAAAUGCGAGGUUUCCCGCUAGGCGGACCAGACAGAAGAUUGCGCGUGGACUUUGCUGACGUGACACCCGGCUUUGGAUUCAAAGCCAGGCCCUACAGCGAGGACAGCGCUGAGUUCAGGGCACGACCAGCCGAAUACGAAGCUGGCUAUGAUCCUUACGCUGCCGAGAGCGAGUUCAGCUAUAGCUCGUCCAGAUCCGGCUUCCGAGGCCGAGGCUCCGCCUCCUACCAUGAAGGACGUGGUGGACGCAGAGGCGCUUACCGCGGCACUUAUCCUGAGGGUAGCUAUCCGCGCGAAGAGGCUGAUUGGCCCAGCGGCCGCAGACCACCAGCUGAUGCUGACUACGAAAUCCCCAGAAGCGGUAGGAGAUCACUAUCGAGGGAACCUGGCGUCGACAGUCCCAGAUCCAGAUCGCCCAGAAGACGUCACGUUGAUUCAGACUCUGACUCCGAAAAUACGAGAACGGGCAUGCUCGGUACCUCGCGUACUCUGCCCGAUGUUGCUCGCAAGUCGAUUGCAGUCUGGCAGGGUGCUCUUAUUCUGAAAAAUUCGCUAUUCCCUGCUAAGUUCCAUUUGACCGACGGUGACACAGAGAUCAUCGAUUCUCUUAUGAAAGACGAGGAGGGUAAACACAUGCUCCGUAUUACUCAGCGGCUGCGCCUUGAUCAACCAAAGCUAGAUGACGUCUCGAAGAGAAUCCAAACUUCGAGCUCGCACGCUAUAUUCUUGGGCCUUGCGGGCUCCAGCGCGGCUAUCACCAAUGACGACGCGAACGUACAGACGCGGCCAUUGAGGAACCUGGUAUCAUACCUGAAGCAAAAAGAAGCCGCCGGCGUUAUCUCGCUUCUGAACAAAGACACCGAGGGCACGGGUGUACUCUACGCCUUCCCACCCUGCGCCUUCUCCACAGACCUGCUCAAGCGCACCUGUCCCAACCUCAGUGAAGAAGGACUCAAGGAGGAUCACCUUGUGAUUGUCGUGGUUAAAGGCGGUAGUGCUUAAGAUAUUAGUAGAGACGGUCUCGUUGAUCAAUUCCUUCUUUGCGUUGUGAGGGAAUCGCUACGAACGCCCAGUUUGUAAGACAGGCAGUUGAAGGACUCAGAGAUAUUCGAAAUCUAGAAGGAGACAUGUUUACACACAAAAAUUUGUUGGGCCUAGAAGCUUGCCUCUUAGAGCUGACUCCUUUUGGAUUUCGAAAUUUUUCGAAAUCUUGAACUCGAUUUGGAAAUGACGAAUUUUUGUAAUUUUUACGCGAACGCAUUUCCAGACUCUGGAAUUUAGGACCUCUCUUCUAUAGGGUAAGGAAAGGAGCAGAGGCUUCUGUGCGUCUAAGUAAUAGAGUAACCCAUUUCUAAUAAUGAAUUAAGGGACACCUGUUAAAAUAAUUUUACAGCUAUUAAUGACUUAUCAUUUAUUACAUUUUUUUUAAUUUGCGAAAAUAACGCAAAGACAAUAAACUAUUAUUAACAACUCCUUAAAUACCGAAGGCUUGUUUCACAUUAGCUAUCAAUAAAAAGCCACAAAACAUAAAAUUUGUAAAAUAAAAAUACGUCUAAUUUUAAUACUAUUUAGAAUGCAGUUUCUAUAAUUUCAUAACGAAGCAAGGUUUACUAUGUGAAAAUUCGUAUAGUAUCAUAAUUUUGUAUAUAUGUAAAAAAAAAGUGAAAGAUAGACGAAUAAGAAUUUUUUAAUAAAAAUGUUCGGUUUUUUUAUUCAACAUGAAAGUAUUCCUCUCUGCAAAGAAACUGAAUACUAUAAAUAGAAGUUUUGAAAGAGUUACUGAUCAAGUGUGCAAGUAUAUCAAUCUCUUUUAUUUGAAUAAAAAUUCGUAAGUAACUAGCGACUUUUUUGAUUUUCGUUUUUGUAAAUAAAAAUAUUUUAUAGGGUGUCCUUUAUAUUACUAGCAAUAUCAGACAGAUGUAUCUUUAGUUACGAUUUUUUAAGAAAUAUUAAAUACAAGAGCGAUGAGUAUCUGUAGCUCCAUCAUGGGGUUUUCCCAUGGCAAGUAUCAUUAUUUAUACUGACUUUCACAAAAUUAUACUUUUGUGUCUGGGUCUUAUUUGUACUUCCGAAUAAUGUGGCAGCAUUUUUUUAUGUGAAUAAAAUUUCUGUUAUGUAUUGAUGAUUCAAUAUUCUAAAAUAUAUUUUUUUAUUGGAAAAGUACUUUAUUUUGAUUGCUACUCCGUAAUAACAGUUUUCUCGCAAAAAAAAGUUUCACUGAAUUUCUGAAAUUAACCUUUUUUGCUGCUACUUAUUCGAUAAAAUUUAUCUUCAUAACUACGAAAGAAUAUUAAAAAAGAAAUCGUCACCGAAAGGUCUUGUAGUCUUUAUAUAACAACGCCAUUACUUACAGUACUACUGUAAUCUCAAAAUAUAAAAUAAGUGAAUAUUUGUUUUAUAUAAGAAACUUUCAAAGUUAUAUGUACACAGUUCUUUCACAUAUUCCUUUAACGUUGAUUUUAAAAAGACCUAAAGAAGCAUAAAUUUAAAGGUGAAUUAAAAAAGAAACAUUCACCUUGAAUUUUUACCAACAUCAACCAAGUUCUCUUAAUGCAAUGUAGUUCAGUUCUAAAAAGAUAAGAAGUUUCAUAUCUUCAUAUAUGAAGUUAAUAUCAAUCUGAAGAUUAUGUGAAAGAUCUAGAUUGACUUACUAUGUAUAAAAUAAUCUAUAACUAUCUUGCGACGUAUUUUAAGCAUAACUUUAUAAUUGUACUAUAGAGCAAACUAAAUGUAACACAUUGUGCAAGAAUCAUUAGUGAAUAUUAAAUUAGUAUGUUCUCUAUCUUUGAUUCUUAGCUGUACUUGUGUAUAAGUGAGGUAGUGAUAAAUGACUUUAUCAACUAUUUAGCUAUGUGAAAUUGCGCAAAAGCCAAUUAUUAAGGCUGCAAAAAUUUAAAAAAUGUAAAGUUUAAAAUUACCCUUCAAAUGUGGGAUUCUUUGAAGUUUGAGGUUUAGUGCAAACAGGACUAAAUAGACAGUGCUAUGUGGUAAUUUUAAAAAUUAUAAGAAAAUUCAUAAAAUUUCAGAAAAGAUGUGUCUAGUGAUGUAAAAAAAGUGAUUGUGUCGUUGCUUCUGAGCACCUAGCAGUUUUCCUGUGACAGCUGCUUAAGCCUUGUAUAUUCGUAUUAGAUCAAUGGAAGGAUCAAUAUUGUGCUCAGUAGCGAUUAAAGGUGCAGUGGUUUUAAGUGUACCUGGUGAUCUGGAAAAAUAGAUGCCGUUAUGCAGACAAAAAUA